AUGGGUGGCUUAACUAUAAGGAAAUCAGGAUGCAUAUCACCAAAAUUUAUACGCUUGCCCAGUGGAAAAUUGUUUGAUUGUGGUCGCAAAGUGCUGGUACAUAGUAUCACAGAUUUGCAGUAUGUAUGCUCUCGCUUAAAUAUCUCCGAAGAUCAGAAGUUUUUCAUUCUUACUGAAUAUAACGGUGAAAAAUGCCUCGUUCCUAUUUUUUACCCCCAUCACCCUAAUAGUCUUCAUAACAGAACUUCAAAACUUUUAAUCGCAUAUUAUUUAUGCGAACAGUUCCAUCUCAAAUGUAUUCAGCUAGACAACCCACAGGAUCUUGCUGAUAUCAAGUUGGUCAGUGAUGUCGUCAUUGCAAAUAAGAAUCAGCUAAAUACCAGUGAAGAAGACUCAAAAGCACUAGAAGAGCUUUUAAAUUCUGAAGAAUUGUUCACACGACUGUUAAGUGUGCUUUUGAGUAUUCCUGAGCUUACUACUCAAUGGGUACAUGUGAAAGAUCAGAAAGGACAAUUAUACCAGAUUGGAAUUAAUAGAGAUGGAUUAAUUAUUCAUCAAGAAUUUGUUGAGUCUUUAUCAACACGUUUCAGUUGGCAAGAUUUGGGCAAUGCUAUUGCUAAUCGUUCAAUUGUAACACUUCCAAUAUCCAUGAAUUCAGAAAACGCAGAAAAAUUAAUGAAUUUUAUUGAUAUAAAGAGUAGCACUAAAAUGAAAAGUGCGUCAAAUAUGGUUAAUCUACAGGAUGAUAGAAAUAAUUCACAGUCUAUCGAAAAUGAUAAAAACACUUCACAACAAUAUAUUCUUAAAUUUCGAUUAUCUGAUGCCAAAAUCGCUCAACGAUUAGCUUUACAAUUAUACACAAUAUGCAAUAGAGUGAUAAAAGAGUCAAAUAAUAAUAAUAAUACAAGGAUACAAUGCAAUGAUGUCGAGAAAGAGGAAGACGAAAGCACUACUUCCGGUAUGCUGACACGAUUUAAUCGACAAUUUCGUGAUACAUUUAGAUGUUUUUCAAGACCAUUUAAUAUGAAAUCGAAAGUACCUAAACGUAAACCGUGUUUAACACUACUAGAUCCAAAUACAACUACACAAGAUGUUGAUGAUGAUAAUAAUAAUAAUAUUGAGGCAACUAUAACUGUUCAGCCAUCUUCUGUAUCUGAUCAUACCCUGCUAACUUAUAGCAAUGUAUUACCGAUGUCGACUACUGGCAUACCUACUACCAGUGUUGCUUUUGUUACAAGUAGUAUUAGUAGUAACAGUUGUUGUACAACAAUGAAAUCUUCAGUUCAUGAUAAUGUUGAUGAUGAAAAUCUUAAAAAAUGUUCAUAUUCUCCUAUGUAUUCAUCUAUUCAAAUAAACUCACCUACAAUUAUUACUACUAAUCAAUCAUCUGUCACAGCUACUACACAUAAAACAUUUAUAUCAAAUUCCAAAUUGAAUCAGCAAAACAUUAUCGCGACGAAUUAUGAAAAAAUACCAGUAGUUGUGGAACCAAUUGAAGUAGCUGCUGGUGAAGCACAAGCAGAACUAAAUGAACGUGAUAAACAAGUUUUACAUUCAUUACUGAUGAAUAAAUCUUCAACGAUUGUUUCCUCUGUACCUGUUAACAAUUUCUCGUACACCAUCGCUAAUACUUCAAUGAUGACAACGACAGCACCCAUGAAAUCCAUUUCAAAUGAAUUAUCUUCACCUCAGUUAUCGUCAUUCAAUAAUUUAUCAUCUGUUGCUAUGAAUAAAUCAAAUUCAACAUUUCAUAAAGAAACGUUAAACAUUAGCCCCAUGAUAAAUACUACGAUAACAACAUCAGGGGCAACAACAACUAUCAAUGAAGAUAAUUUGUCAAAGCAAUAUACAAAUGAAAGUAUCUUUUCAUCGACAAUUCCAACAAAUGGUAAUCUUGCUACAUUUUCACAUUCAUCAUCUUCAGUACAUACUGAAGUGUCAGGACAGAAGAAUUUUAUCCCAUCAGCCAUUAAUUCUAAUGUUACCAAUACACACUUUGUACAAUCGAAAUUGGAUACAAUCGUUGUAGAAAAAAAGAUUUCCGAUGAUGAAAAUUUGAAUCCUCAGGCUACUUCAGAGCAUGUUAGUUGUGUCACUGGAUCAUCUAUAAAACCUGUUAUAGCACAUUCUGUCAGUGUGGUUUCUGCUAAAAACAAUGUUGCUUCAUCAGUCGAUGUCAAUAAUAAUAAUUAUAACAUCCCAGAUUUCCAAAAUGUCAAUUCAUAUAACGAUCAUAAUGUCAAGUCUACAGUUAGUCACGCCACAAGUUUAUACGCUCCACAACCAUAUACAACAGUUAAAUCCGAUACGAAUAAUAAUAUUUCAAAUGAUAUAAAGCCAACUUUAAACGGUUUCAAACAUGUAAUGGAAGAUGAUUCUUCCAAGAUUGCUCAUACUACUUCACCUUCAACUAUAUUAACUUCUGAUUCAUUCCAAUCGCGUAUUAAACCACCUUCGUUUACUGUAAAAACAUCAGAUUUAAACAAAAUAAGCACUACAAAAGUAACUUCUACUACCAUUAAAGUCGAUGAAUCUUUCAGUUCCAACCAUGUAACAUAUAAUAAUAAUGAUAAUAACACAAUGUCCAAUUCAUUUCAUACUCCAGAAAGUAUAAAAAAUCAUAAUAAAAUAGAUUCUCCCGAAAAGAACAAUACACCGAGUACACCACCCGUCGUAUGCUCCGCGUCAGUUAGUGUAACUGGAAUUCGUCCACCGAGUGGUAUUAAAGCUCCAUCUAUUACCCCAGAUAAAAUGAAGUCUAGAAUUACUACUAACGGACAUACCAAUCCUAGUGCCACCGACACAUCAGUUAUGUCUACACAUGAUGAUGAUAUGACACAUAACAAAAAACAAAUUCCUACAAGCGUUGAACCAACCUGCGAAUUGAUAAAAAGACAAGAAUUAAUUACAGAGGAUAGUUUAGAACAUCCUAGUGGUUUACCUAGACCUCUAGGAAUUUCACCUUCUUCAUCUCAUGGUAAAGUUCAAACUAAGCUUCGACCUUUAUCAGGAAAUUCACCGAUCGCCAAUUCUGGUAUACCUGCACCGUCUAUAAUGCCACCCCUUGUUAGUGGACAAUCUCAUAUGCCUGUACCGAUGAAUAAUACUUCUAUCCCUCUGCCUAGUGGAAUAAAACCACCAUCUCGUUCACCAAAGUCUGCAUUAGCUAAGUGA